AUGCACUUCAAGCGCUAUGACGUCCUGGACGUUUUCACUAUUGUAUUUCCUUCCAAGAAUGCGAUCGGUGAACAAACGGGACAGUUAGGGACGGAUAAUUUUAACGUGACCAAGACAGUGUUUCUGUUCGAUCGCUACGCCGAACUUACCGCUGACCAGGUGGCAGAAAGCUGCAAGUGGUAUACAAGGUGGCCCGACGCAACCACCAGUCCUUGGUUCAGCGAGAACUUAAGCCUGUCCUAUGAUUAUCUGUGCAAUCAUAUGACUCCACAAUUAUGGGGCAAAGUUCUCGAAGACCUUCUUCCUUAUCGGGAUACCCAAGGAAUGGGCGGUCCCUUGGUCUUCUUCUUCGUGAUGAAACGCCUCCAAGUCAACUCUCAGCUCGUCGUGGAGACGAUUCAAGGCCAGCUCAGGACACUUUGCAUUGAUCAAUAUGAAGGAGAAAGCGUGGACGAUUUGGUUAGUCACAUUAAGGUGAUGUUGACUCGACUCAAGUCACUUGAAAAACGUAUCGAUGGGAGAGUGGUCUCCUCGAACGUUCCUCAUGACAUUGGCAAAACUCUCAUCUCGUUGUUCCAGACAUCGAGUGAUCCCAAGUUCAAUGAGGUUUUCUACAACAAAGAAAUCAACGCAUACGAGCAGGCACUUACUCAAGGCGAUGCUGCUUAUGGUUCCCCUGAUAUGAUACUCGAUCUCGCGACGAGCAUCUAUCAGAAUUGCAUGGUCUCUAAAGAGGGAUGGACUGGCCAAUUUCACAAGGUCAACGAAACUGCAUUUUCGGCUCAAAAGGCAGUGGGACCCUGUCUCAACUGCGGUGGCAAGCAUUCCGUCACUGCCUGCACGGAACCAAUAAAUAAAGAGCGCGUCGCACAGAAUAAGCGGAAAUUCUUUGACGAAAAGAAGGCCCAAAAGAAUCCAGGCAAGAAAGGGCGUUCCAGGCUUGGCGCCGGAGUUCAAUUUGAGCAUCUUCCCGUGCCAUCUAAUCGGAAGAAAAAUCGAGCGAAAGACUCAAAGCUGUAG